AUGAGUUCCCACUUGGAUAUCUAUUAUGUUCCGGAAAGUGGAAAAUCUCCCCGCUUCGAAAAACUCGACCCACCGACCGACAACGACGCCAGCGUCGUACGCUCCAACGAGGAAACAAUUGGAAGUUUAAUUUAUAGAUCAACUUUCCAGUUCAAGUCUCAGUCUAAGUUCCACUCCAAAUCCCAGUCCAAGUCCCAGUCUAAAUCCCAGUUCAGUCCAAGUCCCACUCCAAGUCCCAUUCCAAAUCCCAGUCCUAUUCACAGCCCAAGUCGUAAUCCAUGCCCCAGGCCAAGUCCCAGUCCAAGUUUCAGUUUAGGUCCCAGUUCAAGUAUCAACGUAAGCCUCAUUCCAAGUCCCAGUCCAAGUUCCACUCCAAGUACCAGUCCUAGUCAAAGUCCAAUCGAAGUUCCAGUCCAAGUCCCAAUCGACCUCAUCUCAACUAUCAGUCCAAAUCCCAAUCCAAGAUCCAGUCUAAGUCCCAGUUUAAGUCCAAGUCCCAGUCCAAAUCUCAGUCGUUUGGACUUCAAGUACCACUUCAAAUUCCAGUCAAAGACAUCGUCAACUCCCAGUCCAAAUUCCAAUCCAAAUUCUUGUCCAAGAUCCAGUCUAAGUCCCAGUCUAAGUCUUAGUCCAAGCCCCAGUCUAAGUCCCUGUCAAAGUCCCAGUCCAUAUCAGUCACAUCUAAGUCCCAGUCCAAGCCCCAGUCUAAGUCCCUGUCAAAGUCCCAGUCUAAGUCCCAGUCCAUGUCCCAGUCCAAUCACGGUCACCUCAACUCUCAGUCCAAAUCUCAGUCUAAAUUCUAGUCCAAGAUCCAGUUCAAGUCCCAGUCCAAGUUCCAGUCCAAGUUCCAGUCCAAGUCCCAGUCCAAGUCCCAGUCUAAGUCCCAGUUCAAGUCCAUGCCCCAGUAUAAAUCCCAGUUCAAAUCUCAGUUCAGGUCCCAGUCCAAGUCCAGUCCCAGUCCAAAUCCCUGACCAAGUCCUAGUACAAGUUCCAGUCCAAGUCCCAGUUCAAGUACCAGUAUCAGUCUAG